UUGACAAUGAACGCGGAACUAGAUUCGAUGGCGUAUCACUCGGCAGUCUCUCCGCAGUGGUAGCAGUUCCCUCGGUGAUGGUAGCUUCCCACUGUUUGCACUACUCUCCGGCCUAGAACAGAUAUAUCUCCUGAUAUCCGAAAACCCAAACGACGAUAAGAUGUGACUUCAGGUGAUAAGAUUUACCUGACACUACUGAUAGGAAUUCAUCAGUCGGACAGUAGUGAGAAAUGGAAGGAAAUCCCGACUCACGUGACCGUCAGAUGACCAGAUGGCUCGCUGAGGAAGCAGCUGAAGCACUGAGGGGGACUGAACAAGGGAGACAACCAACCUCUAUAUCUGCAACACAGCACAACUACAGUGGUCCUGUAUCUCAGGUGGACUUGACCAAUGCUUCCAAUGUCUCCGUCUCCCUCGGAGAACAAGGAGCUAGAGGAUGUCUGUCACAAGAACGUUUCUGUCAGAAGGUGGGACACGUAAAGGAGUAUUUUGUGGACAUCCAUGCCCUUCAGACAGCCAAACAACUCCUUGAGACACAUGGCCAUGUCACCGUCUGUGGAGCUCCUGGAGAUGGGAAGACCAGCAUUGCUAUGAUGAUCUGUGAGGCAUAUCAACAAAAGAAAUAUGAAACAGUGUUCGUGGAACACAUUGAACAUUUUGACGUUGAUACAAUUUCUAAAAGGCAGUCGCACUUGCUGGUUGUUUUCGAUGAUAUAUUUGGCUCUGUCACAUUCAGUGCAAAUUUGGAAAAACUACGUAAAUUGUUCAGUGCCUUGGUUGAUGAUCUUGCCAAAACUGCUGCUGAUACAGAGAGGGAUUCCAAGAAGAAGAAAGAAAAACAAUCCAAAGCUAAGGAACAAUCCAAUGAAGAAGCCCCCAUCUACAGCCUGAAGGUUGUGUUUACAUCCAGGACAUACAACUGGCAGGAGGGAUGUUCAAAACUACAUCAGUACAAAGUGGACCUACUUAAAACAGAAGCUGUUCUUAAUAUGACCAAAGACUGUCUAACGGUUGAAGAGAAGAAACGUAUAUUACGUUCCUAUAAGACCAAACAUCCUACAUGUGAUAUUUCUGAAAAGGAUAUUUGUUGCAUCACAAAUUCAAGAUACAAUAUAUUUGGAUUCCCUCUUAUCGGCAGACUCUUUUUCACCAAUGCAGCCUUCCAGAUGCACAUCCUGAAAUUCUUCAAUCAUCCCCUGACCUACCUGAGAGGUGAUCUUGACACCAUUGUCCGGGAAGAAAACAACAGAUCGGCAGCCAUCAUCCUCCUCAUCCUGUGUGAUGGAAACCUGAACCUUGUUUCUUUGCAGUCACGGAAGUCUGGACAUGAAAUGUUUGAUGCUGUGAAGGAAGUAGUUCCUUGUUGUACACGCACCGGCAUUGCCAAGGAGAUCCACAACUUUACAGGGAUCUACUGUACAGUCGAGGAUCACAUCGCAUCUUUCUCUCACCCCUCCAUAUACGAUGCUGCAGCCUGUGCUGUAGGACAUCUCAAUAUCGUGUUGCUGUUGGAACAUUGCUCCUUGAAAUUCAUGUAUGAAAGAGUGAGGCUUGGUAAAGAUCUACAGUCAUCAGACAUUGAUGAUGUGACAAACAUGACCUACAUCACCCCCGGACUACACCAAACAAUAGUGAACAGACUGGUGGAAGGUAUACGACAAGGAUGCUUCAUUUGGACAGUAAAACAUCCAGUUCUCCAUGAUGAGAGUAUUGCCUCCCUGGUAUGGACAGAGAUUGAGGAUAACAUUGUUGAAAUUGUUCUACAAAAAGAUAAGGACUCUGGUGAUUGCUUUUUGUAUUUGGCUUCCAUAUCUGAAAGUUACUUUCUAUUUUCAAAAUGUUUAGAUGUUGUUGGAAGACUCGGUGACACUGUACCUGACCUAUAUGGUUGUGUGGUAGCCUGUGUCACACUUGGCAAACUGAAACACCUGGAACACCUGGUUACAGUGAUGUGUCUACAUGAAGGAUUCGAUGUUGAAUAUAGCAUAGAUGGGCAAACACUCCUGCUCAUGGCUGCCAAGUCAGGACAUUUAGAGGUGUUCAACUUUCUCAGACGAAAAGAUGCUGAUGCUUCAGCGAGGGACUGGAAAGGAAAGACGUGUUUGCAUUAUGCCUGUGAAUCAGGAAGCAUGGCCUUGACAACAAAGGCGACUGAAACGUGUCCUGUUUUAAUAAAUUUGAUGAGUUACGAGGGUUUAACACCUGCAAUGCUUUGUGCCAAAGCAGGACACCUUGAUAUCCUGAAGUUCCUUAAACAAAAAGGGGCCGAUUUAACGCUUACCGACAAGACAGAUUGUUUGCAUUUAGCGAGUGAAAAUGGCAAUCUGUCAACUGUGAUUUUUUUAAUUUCAUUGAAAACAUUUGAUGUGAACAAGAAGAAAACACGUUUGAGGCAAACAGCAGCUAUGAUGGCAGCAAAAGGAGGACACUGUGGUGUUUAUCAGCAUCUUGUAUCUGAGGGUGCAGAUCUGACCCUUACUGAUCAAAACAACACAGACUGUCUCAUGUUGGCAUGUGAAGGAGGUCACAUAUCCAUCGUGAAACACAUCCUAUUGAUGAAAAUAUGUGACAUCAACAGACAGGGAGGAUUUUGGAAACACACACCAAUUAUGAUGGCAUUGAGAAGAGGACACUGUGAUGUGUGUCGUCUCCUUGUAUCUGAGGGUGCAGAUCUGACACUUACUGAUGAAUACAACACAGACUGUCUGAUGUUUGCAUGUGAAGGAGGUAACAUGUCUAUUGUGAAACACAUCCUGUCAAUGAGAACAUGUGACAUCAACAGACGGGGAGGAUAUAGGAAACGAACACCAAUUAUGAUGGCAGCACAUCGUGGGCACUAUGGUGUAUAUCAUCUCCUUGUAUCUGAGGGCGCAGAUCUGACACUUACUGAUAAAUGCAACAAAGAUUGUCUGAUGUUUGCAUGUGAAGGAGGUAACAUGUCUAUUGUGAAACACAUCCUGUCAAUGAGAACAUGUGACAUCAACAGACGGGGAGGAUAUAGGAAACGAACACCAAUUAUGAUGACAGCAGAACGUGGGCACUAUGGUGUAUAUCAUCUCCUUGUAUCUGAGAGCGCAGAUCUGACCCUUACUGAUCAAUACAACAAAGAUUGUCUGAUGUCUGCAUGUGAAGGAGGUAACAUCUCUAUUGUGAAACACAUCCUAUCCAUGAAAACAUGUGACAUCAACAGACGGGGAGGAUAUAGGAAACAAACACCAAUUAUGAUGGCAUUGAAAGGAGGACACAAUGAUGUUUAUCAUCUCCUUGUAUCUGAGGGCGCAGAUUUGACCCUUACUGAUCAAUACAACACAGACUGUCUGAUGUUUGCAUGUGAAGGAGGUAACAUCUCUAUUGUGAAACACAUCCUAUCCCUGAAAACAUGUGACAUCAACAGACGGAGAGGAGAGCUGAAGAAAACACCAAUUAUGAUGACAUUUGAAAGAGGAGACUGUGAUGUAUAUCAUCUCCUUGUAUCUGAGGGUGCAGACCUGGCCCGUACUGAUGCGGACAACACAGACUGUCUGAUGUCUGCAUGUGAAGGAGGUAACAUAUCUAUUGUGAAACACAUCCUAUCCAUGAAAACAUGUGACAUCAACAGACGGGGAGGAUAUAGGAAACAAACACCAAUUAUGAUGGCAUUGGAAGAAGGACACUAUGAUGUUUGUCAUCUCCUUGUUUCUGAAGGUGCAGAUCUGACCCUUACUGAUGAACACAACAGAGACUGUCUCAUGUUGGCAUGUGAAAGAGGUAACAUCUCUAUUGUGAAACACAUCCUAUCCCUGAAAACAUGUGACAUCAACAGACGGAGGGGAGAGGUGAACAAAACACCAAUUAUGAUGACAUUAGAAAGAGGACACUGUGAUGUAUAUCAUCUCCUUGCAUCUGAGGGUGCAGAUCUGACCCUUACUGAUAAAAACAACACAGACUGUCUGAUGUUGGCAUGUGAAGGAGGUAACAUAUUUAUUGUGAGACACAUCCUAUCAAUGAAAACAUGUGACAUCAACCGGCGGGGAGGAGAUAUGAAACAAACACCAAUUAUGAUGGCAUUGGAGGGAGGACACUAUGAUGUAUAUCAUCUCCUUGUAUCUGAGGGUGCAGACCUGACCAUUUCUGAUGAAGACAACCAAGACUGUCUUAUGUUGGCAUGUGAAAAAGGUAUCACAUAUGUUGUGAAACACAUCCUCUCCAUGAAAACAUGUGACAUCAAUAGACGGAGAUCAUAUGGUAAACAAACACCAGUUAUGAUGGCAUUAAAAAGAGGACACUAUGAUGUUUAUCAUCUCCUUGUAUCUGAGGGUGCAGACCUGACCCUUACUGAUAAAUGCAACACAGACUGUCUGAUGUUGGCAUGUGAAAGAGGUAACAUAUAUAUUGUGAAACACAUCCUGUCCAUGAAAACAUGUGACAUCAACAGAAGGGGAGGAUAUAGGAAACAAACACCAAUUAUGAUGGCAUUGAAAGGAGGACACAAUGAUGUUUAUCAUCUCCUUGUAUCUGAGGGUGCAGACCUGAAUCUUACUGAUGAAGAUAACACAGACUGUCUGAUGUUGGCAUGUCAAGGAGGUAACAUAUCUAUUGUGAAACACAUCCUAUCCCUGAAAACAUGUGAUGUCAACAGACGGGGAGGAGAGCUGAAACAAACACCAAUUAUGAUGGCAUUGGAAGGAGGAGGCUAUGAUGUUUAUCAUCUCCUUGUAUCUGAGGGUGCAGACCUGGCCCUUACUGAUGAAUACAACAAAGACUGUCUGAUGUUAGCAUGUGAAAGGGGUAACAUAUCUAUUGUGAAACACAUCCUCUCCAUGAAAACAUGUGACAUCAAUAGACGUGGAGCAUAUAGUAAACAAACACCAAUUAUGAUGGCAUUGAAUGGGGGGAACCAUGCUGUUUAUCAUCUCCUUGUAUCUGAGGGUGCAGACCUGACCCUUACUGAUAAAUACAAUAUAGACUGUCUGAUGUUAGCAUGUGAAGGAGGUAACAUAUCUAUUGUGAAACACAUCCUCACCAUGAAAACAUGUGACAUCAAUAGACGGGGAGCAUAUGGUAAACAAACACCAAUUAUGAUGGCAUUGGAAGGAGGGCACCAUGCUGUUUAUCAUCUCCUCGUAUCUGAGGGUGCAGACCUGGCCCUUACUGAUGAAAACAACACAGACUGUCUGAUGUUAGCAUGUGAAGGAGGUAACAUAUCUAUUGUGAAACACAUCCUAUCCAUGAAAACAUGUGACAUCAACAGACGGGGAGGAUAUAGGAAACAAACACCGGUUAUGAUGGCAUUGAAAGGAGGACACUUUGGUGUAUAUCAUCUCCUUGUAUCUGAGGGUGCAGAUCUGACACUUACUGAUGAAUACAACACAGACUCUCUGAUGUUGGCAUGUGAAGGAGGUAACAUAUCUAUUGUGAAACACAUCCUAUCAAUGAAAACAUGUGACAUCAACAGACGGGGAGGAGAGCAGAAACAAACACCAAUGAUGAUGGCACUGAAAGGAGGACAUAAUGAUGUUUAUUAUCUCCUUGUAUCUGAGGGUGCAGAUCCGACCCUUACUGAUAAAAACAAUACAGACUCUCUGAUGUUGGCAUGCGAAGGAGGUAACGUAUCUAUUGUGAGACACAUCCUAUCCCUGAAAACUUGUGACAUCAACAGACGAGGAGGAGAGCGGAAAAAAACACCAAUGAUGAUGGCAUUGGAAGAAGGACACAAUGAUGUUUAUCAUCUCCUUGUAUCUGAAGGUGCAGAUUUGACCCUUACUGAUAAAAAAACCACAGACUGUCUGAUGUUGGCAUGUGAAAGAGGUAACAUAUCUAUUGUGAGACACAUCCUAUCCCUGAAAACAUGUGACAUCAACAUACGGGGAAGAGCUCGGAAACAAACACCAAUGAUGAUGGCAUUGGAAGAAGGACACAAUGAUGUUUGUCAUCUCCUUGUAUCUGAAGGUGCAGAUCUGACCCCUACUGAUGAAUUCAACACAGACUGUCUGAUGUUGGCAUGUGAAAAAGGUAACAUAUCUAUUGUGAGACACACCCUAUCCCUGAAAAUAUGUGACAUCAACAGACGGGGAGGAGAGCGGAAACAAACACCAAUGAUGAUGGCAUUGAAAGGAGGGCACAAUGAUGUUUAUCAUCUCCUUGUAUCUGAAGGUGCAGAUCCGAUCCUUACUGAUAAAAACAAUACUGACUGUCUGAUGUUGGCAUGUGAAAGAGGUAACAUAUCUAUUGUGAGACAAAUCCUAUCCCUGAAAACAUGCGAUAGUAACAGACGGGGAGGAGAGCUGAAACAAACACCAAUUAUGAUUGCAUUGAAAGGAGGGCACAAUGAUGUUUAUCAUCUCCUUGUCUCUGAAGGUGGUGAUCUGACCCUUAAGGAUAAAUACAACACAGACUGUCUGAUGUUGGCAUGUGAAAGAGGUAACAUAUCUAUUGUGAGACACAUCUUAUCCCUGAAAACUUGUGAUAUUAACAGACGAGGAGGAUAUAGUGAACGAACACCAAUUAUGAUGGCAUUGAACGGAAAAUACUAUGAUAUAUAUCAUCUCCUUGUUUCUGAGGGUGCAGACCUGUCUCUUGUUGAUAAAAACAACACAGACUGUCUGAUGUUGGCAUGUGAAAGAGGUGACACAUCUAUUGUGAGACACAUCCUAUCCCUGAAAACAUGUGAUAUCAACAGACGGGGAGGAGAGCGGAAACAAACACCAAUGAUGAUGGCAUUGAAAGGAGGACACAAUGAUGUUUAUCAUCUCCUCGUAUCUGAAGGUGCAGACCUGACCCUUACUGAUGAAUACAACACAGACUGUCUGAUGUUGGCAUGUGAAGGAGGUAACAUAUCUAUUGUGAAACACAUCCUAUCCCUGAAAACAUGUGACACCAACAGACGGGGAGGUGAGGAGAAACAAACGCCAAUGAUGAUUGCAUUGAAAGGAGGACACAAUGAUGUUUAUCAUCUCCUUGUAUCUGAAGGUGCAGAUCCGACUCUUACUGAUAAAAACAACUCAGAAUGUCUGAUGUUGGCAUGUGAAAGAGGUAACAUAUCUAUUGUGAGACACAUCCUAUCCAUGAAAACAUGCGAUAGUAACAGGCGGGGAGGAGAGAGGAAACAAACACCAAUGAUGUUGGCAUUGAAAGGAGGACACAAUGAUGUUUAUCAUCUCCUUGUAUCUGAGGGUGCAGACCGGACACUUACUGAUGAAUACAACACAGACUCUCUGAUGUUGGCAUGUGAAAGAGGUAACAUAUCUAUUGUGAAACACAUCCUAUCCAUGAAAACAUGUGACAUCAACAGACGGGGAGGAGAGCGGAAACAAACACCAAUGAUGAUGGCAUUGGAAGAAGGACACAAUGAUGUUUAUCAUCUCCUUGUCUCUGAAGGUGGUGAUCUGACCCUUACUGAUAAAUACAACACAGACUGUCUGAUGUUGGCAUGUGAAAGAGGUAACAUAUCUAUUGUGAGACACAUCUUAUCCCUGAAAACUUGUGAUAUUAACAGACGGGGAGGUGAGAAGAAACAAAUACCAAUGAUGAUGGCAUUGAAAGGAGGACACAAUGAUGUUUAUCAUCUCCUUGUAUCUGAAGGUGCAGAUCUAACCCCUACUGAUGAAUGCAACAGGGACUGAUAGUCUGAAUUGGAUUUUGAAUGAGAGUGUCAAUCAAGUUGCGAACAAGGUUUUGGAUAGUGUGUGUGAGAGCUAGGUGGUGAACACCAAUGGACCCUGCCAUGACACCACCCGGACACCUACGUGUCGGUUUGACACUGUUAUGUUUGUUGAUCACCCUACUUGUUGAGAGUGGACAUGUAGAGAGGUAUCACAUCCAUAGUGAAUCAUGUCUUGUCAGUGAAAACAUGUGAUAUCAACAUAUAGUUUAUAGUCCUCUUUGUCCGAGGGAGAGGCGGAUGUUCUGAUUUACCCGAGGGAAUAAACUUGUUUAUCCUUUUCUCUGUGAUAUCUUGUGGGAUUAACAGUGUGAAAGUUCUGUCAAUGACUUAUUUUCGUUGACAUUGUUAUAUUGUCUAUAUUUGUUAUGUGGGGUUCCACUUGAUUUAUGAUAAUGAUUCAUGGAGAUGAUAUAUGUGUAUCUACAGUUUGUACAUACAGUUCAAUUCACAUAGUUUGCAGAAGUUCGAUCGUCCCUUCUGCUUGAAUGGCCCACUGGCCGUCGAUGCUUUUAUUCCCAUUCUUUGUUCGAGGGAGGGGCAGUUGCUGGAACAGCCCCGAGCCAGCAGUCUGUUCUGCUCUGUGUUCGUGAUCACUUACGUUCUUCAUGCUUUUUUACAUAGAAUGUGGUGACCCAUUCUCUGUUCUUACAGGCUAAAAAUAUAGAUCCUAAAUGUCAUUGGGUAAUAUAAGUAUAAAUGCACAGUUAAUAGUUAUACGUGAGUACUAACAAUUCAGUUGAAAUAGUGCACACUCAAUUGCGAUUGUGUGGACGCCUAUCAAGUAUAGACAGUUGGGAUUAGUCAGUUCCUGGUUGAAGGGUGAUAGCCAAGAGGCAUUUAGCACACGAUAGAGUUUAGUUUACAACCCUGACAUCUCUGCAUGGUGUUUCUGAACACUUAUAAAAAUCAGAACAAAAUUAAAUAAUUUGAUAAUAAUCACGAUAAUAAGUAGAUAGCAUUUUAUGUGUAUUAAUCAUGAGGUGUAUAUAGCAUUGUAUGAAUAACAAUCAUGUGGAGUAUAUAGCAUUGUAUGGAUAAGAAGUUAUUAACCAUGUGAUGUAUGUAGCAUUAUAUGGAUAUGAAUCAUGUGUUGUAUAUAGCAUUGUAUGGAUAUUAAUCAUGUGGUGUAUAUAUCACUGUAUGGAUAUCAAUUAUGUGGUGUAUUUAGCAUUGUUUGGAUAUAAGUCAUGUGGUGUAUAAAGCAUUGUAUUGAUAUUAGGUUAUUAACCAUGUGGUGUAUAUAGCAUUUUAUGGAUAUGAAUCAUGUGUUGUAUAUAGCAUUGUAUGGAUAUUAAUCAUGUGGUGUAUAUAGCAUUGUAUUGAUAUUAAUCAUGUGGUGCUCAUAGCAUUGUAUGGAUAUUAAUUAUGUGGCGCUUAUAGUAUUGUAUGUCUAUGAAUCAUGUGGUAUACAUGACAUUGUAUAAAUAUUAAUCAUGAGGUGUAUGUAGCAUUGCACGUAUAUUGUAUGGAUAUUAAUUAUGUGGUGCUUAUGACAUUGUAUGGAUAUUAAUCAUGUGAUGUAUAUAGCUUUUUAUAGAUUUUAAUUAUGUGGUGUAUAUAGCAUUGUAUGUACAUUUAUCAAGUGUUGUAUAUAGCAUUUUAUGAAUAUCAAUCAUGUGUUGUAUAUAGCAUUCUAUGGAUAUUAAUCAUAAGGUGUAUAUAGCAUUGUAUAGAUAUCAAUAAUGUGGUUUGUAUAGAAUUAUAUGGAUAUUAAUCAUAUUUUGUAUAUGGAAUUGUAUGGAUAUUAAUCAUUUGUUGUAUAUAGCAUUGUAUGGAUAGUAAUCAUAUGGUGUAUAUAGCAUUGUAUGAAUGUCAAUCAUGUGGAGUAUAUGGCAUUAUAUAGUAAUUAAUGAUGUUGUUUGUAUAACAUUGUAUAGAUGCUAGUAUUGAUCUAUAUAUGACAAAUAUGUCCCUCACUUUGAAGUUAUAGACAAUUGAAAAUACACGUUGCUCACAAAUAUUCUUUUAGGUGUUCAAUUCUGUGGACAAUAUCCUGUCCUGUGAUAUUUUUCAAUGGCAUUUUAGGCAAAGGAAAAAUACUGAAAAUGACAUCGAAAUCUCACCAAUGUCGACACUUUACUAAAUCACCCUUCACGGCGUUAUUGAGGGUCAAGUGUAUGUUUUGAAAUCAGAAUACUGAAUAUUUGCUCGGAGAAUUGAUUUUCAAAAAUAGUAUAUCAGUGAUCUGGGGGAUAUUAAAACACCAAUGAUCAUUGUGGACGUCGCCGAUUACCCUACAAUCAUUUAAAA